UCUGCGCCGGAUCCGGCACAGGGGCGGCCGCCAUUGUGCUUUGCUGAAGACGACUGUGCUUUCGGUCCUGAGGCCCAGAAUCGGAAGAGGAGGACGGCGGUGUGCCUGCAGCGAAGGGGGGGACGCGCCCUGCUCGGUGCCCGCCAGGGAAGCCUUUAGAAUGGAGUCUAAACCUUCCAGGAUUCCAAGAAGAAUUUCUGUUCAGCCUUCCAGCUCCCUAAGUGCUAGAGUGAUGUCUGGAAGCAGAGGAAAUAGUUUAAAUGAAACCUACCGUUCCAGAGACUCUUCAUUUAGACUGGAUUCUGAAUAUCAGUCAGCAUCGGCAUCAGCAUCACCAUUUCAGUCUACAUGGUAUAGUGAAUCUGAAAUAACUCAGGGGGCUCGCUCAAGAUCACAGAACCAGCAACGGGAUCAUGAUUCAAAAAGACCUAAACUUUCCUGUACAAACUGUACAUCUACCUCAGCUUCAAGAAAUGUUGGAAAUGGAUUAAGUUCUGUAUCAGAUUCUUCUUGGAGGCAUAGUCAAGUUCCCAGAUCUUCAUCAAUGGUACUUGGCUCAUUUGGAACAGACUUAAUGAGAGAAAGGAGAGAUAUGGAGAGGAGAACAGAUUCCUCCCUUAGUAAUCUUAUGGAUUAUAGUCACCGAAGUGGUGAUUUCCCAACUUCAUCAUAUGUUCAAGACAGAGUUCAUUCUUCAUAUUCACAGGGAGCAAGACCAAAAGAGAACUCUGUAAGCACUUUACAAUUGAAUACAUCAUCCACAAGCCACCAAUUGCCUUCUGAACGUCAUACAAUACCAAGUUCUAGGGACUCCAGCAGAAAUUCUUUAAGGUCACAUUUUUUCCCAAGAGAAUCAGAGUCUCUCCGAAGCAGUACACAUCCUGGAUUUUCUUAUAUUUCAAGUAGAGAUGAGACCCCCCCAACAAUAAGUAAUUCAGAAAGGAUUGGUUCAUCUCAAAGAUCAUUUCCAGAAUCUUCUGAUAACGAAGGUAGGCGUACAACAAGGAGAUUGCUUUCACGUAUCGCUUCUAGCAUGUCAUCUACUUUUUUUCCCAGAAGAUCUAGCCAGGAUUCCUUGAAUGCAAGAUCAUUGAGUUCUGAAAAUUCUUACAUUUCUCCAAGAAUCUUGACAUCUUCACAGUCUCGGAGUAAUGCAGCAUCAGCUUCUGAAGCUCAUGAUAAUAGGGCUUCUGAAGCUUCUCAGGGAUUUCGAUUUCUUAGGCGAAGAUGGGGUUUGUCAUCUCUUAGUCAAAAUCAUAGCUCUGAGCCAGAUUCAGAAAGUUUCAGCCAAGAAUCUGAAGGAAGGAAUACAGGACCAUGGUUAUCUUCCUCACUUAGAAAUAGAUGCACACCUUUGUUCUCUAGAAGGAGACGAGAGGGAAGAGAUGAAUCUUCAAGGAUACCUACCUCUGAUUUACCAUCUAGAUCUCAUAUUUUUAGAAGAGAAGCAAAUGAAAUAGUUCACCUUGAAACACCAAGUGAUCCACUUGGGGCUGCUGCCAACAGACCACAACCAUCUGGAGCAUCAAGUAAUGGCUCUGUAGGUGGGUCCACAUCAGAUUUGCCUCAUGGUGGAAGAAAUACAGGAAUAACAGGAAUUCUUCCUGGUUCCUUGUUCCGAUUUGCUGUCCCUCCAGCACUUGGAAGUAAUUUGGCUGACAAUGUCAUGAUCACUGUAGAUAUUAUUCCUUCAGGUUGGAAUUCAGCUGAUGGAAAAGGAGAUAAAAGUAAAAGUGCACCUUCAAGAGAUCCAGAAAGACUGCAGAAAAUAAAAGAGAGCCUCCUUUUAGAGGAUUCUGAAGAAGAGGAAGGUGACUUAUGUAGAAUCUGUCAAAUGGCAGCAGCAUCAUCAUCUAAUUUGCUGAUAGAGCCAUGCAAGUGCACAGGAAGUUUGCAGUAUGUCCACCAAGAGUGUAUGAAAAAGUGGUUACAGGCCAAAAUCAAUUCUGGUUCUUCAUUAGAGGCUGUUACCACCUGUGAACUCUGUAAAGAAAAGUUGCAGCUUAACCUGGAGGAUUUUGAUAUUCAUGAACUACAUAGAGCUCAUGCAAAUGAACAAGCUGAAUAUGAAUUUAUCAGCUCUGGUCUCUACCUAGUUGUGUUACUGCAUUUGUGUGAACAAAGCUUUUCUGAUAUGAUGGGAAAUACAAAUGAACCAAGCACACGUGUCCGAUUUAUUAACCUUGCAAGAACUCUUCAGGCACAUAUGGAAGAUCUCGAAACUUCAGAGGAUGAUUCUGAAGAAGAUGGAGACCAUAACAGAACAUAUGAUAUUGCCUAACUUCAUUUAAGAGAAAUGGAUGAUCUGUGAACAAGUGUUUAUUAAAACUGGCAAUUAAUUGUGAAAUAAUUUUGUGGGGAAUGCCUAUUAAAUAUAUUGACUUACAUAAAAUGAAUAUAUAUACAUACAUGUAUCCAUGUAGAUAUAUAUUCAUUCUCAAGUGUUGCUGAAUUAAAAUUCUGCUGGACCCUUUUAACAUUGGCCAGCAAAUCUGAUGUUUAUAAUAUGGUAAUCAAAAGCAGUUUUUUUUGUUUAUUUGUUUGUUUUAGGUGAGUGGGAAAGCAUUACCCUUGAUUUAAAUACCUAAGCACUGUCCAUCAACCCUUUGUUGUGUUCUGAUUACUGUAGCCAUAUUUAUGGGGGAAACAAGUUUGUGUUUUAGUCGCUUGCUAGUGAGAAAGAUGGGACAAAAUGUACUUUUGAAAUGAAAUGCCAAAUGGCAUCUAAUGAGUAUUUUUUUUAAUGUCUUAAAGUUGUAGCCAAAUUUUCAUGAUCAUUUACUUCCAGUGUUCUUUAAAAAAAAAAAGAAAAACCUGCAAAGAAUGGGGACAAGUUUAUGAAAAACAUAUUAGGUUUCCAAAUUUAGUUUCAAUUCUAAACUCAUUUAACUUUAAAACCUAAUUUUUAAAAUAUAUAAAAUACAGAAAUGAUGGAUAAAUUUUAUAUUGAUUUGCAAAAUGCAGAUUAUAUUUGAUAGUCCGUGUUAUGUAGGUAUUCCUUUUGGGGAUAUUUAAUAGCUGUAAGUUAUAUGAGAAUUGCCAGUCAAAUGGUAUUUGGUUAAAAAAAAUUACUGCAAUCUCAAGUUAAUGGAAUAUUUUAAAAUCCCACCUUCAAAGUUUAAAACACUGGUUUUCAAUGUACUUUUUAGUGUUGUCACUUCUUUAUAAAUAUGAUUAAAAAAUAACCUGUUUGGAUCUUGGUCAUUUUUAACUGUUCCUUGGUAAUUCUGGGCAUUUAUUUGAUGAUUACUAGUAUUUUUCACUACCUUUGGAAAACAUGAACAUUACCUUUUCAACAUGAAUGAGUCUGCACUGUGGUUAUGAGUUGUUUGAAUUUUCAUAACAUUGUAUUUUUCCUUGUCAACACCCUAGUAUAAAUGGUUACAAACACAUGCAUUUGGUUUCAAAAAUAAAAGUCUGAUGUUAUGGCAACAAACUACUUUUUCAAAACCUGCCUAGAAACCAUGUUAUUUCUCAAAUGUGAAUGAACAGUUUGUCCACACUUAGUUUGUUCCUCUUCUGUAAAAUCUUGGCUUGAAAUAAAGUGCAUAUUGAUUGAU